AUGGGAGAGGAGUGGUAUCCCGACUACAACCCCAGCUCCUUCCCAGACGGCGCAACCUUCCCCAUCAACGUCAGCAUCAGGUUCGGGUGCAUUGCCUCUUGCGCUCCCAAGGGAGUACGAUGGAGCGUAUCCGUGGAGGAUGGAGGAGCAGGUAGUCCAGACGAGCUGUCUUUCUCUGAGCAGACGUAUCUUCCCCAAGCUGGCCCUGGACUCAGAUACUCAUCCCUACUGUCUGGAGAUCUCAUCAGAGACGGUCUCAGUGUAGCUGGACUACUGGAAAGACAGAUGAAGAAAGAUGAGUGGCUGGAGAAACAGAGUCACCUCAACACCUUCAGCCGCUUCUUUGGCAUCAGGAAGCAGUCUAGGAAAAGAAGAGGUGCCUCAGAGUGCUUCUGGAAGUACUGUGUCUAACCCAGUCAACCGUCCAUAGAGAAAUACAUUCACACCAUGCAUUAUGAUGAAGAGAUGUGGCUUGUACUGAGACACAACCCCUCUCUUGCACACAACAAAGCAUACAGAUGCGCACAUAUGUACAUGCAUGCAUAAUGUACAUUCACACACAGGAAAACACACACACAUAAGGACACUACACACAGACAGGGAUGGACUGAAUGGAUAUCACACAGGUUGAUAUAUGUUACAGUAUGUUUGCAGACUAUUUUGUUUUUAUCCCUGUCCCACCUGUGUGUUUAAAAUGUUCACUGUUUGAUGUUACUGAGCAAACGUGACCUGCAUGAAGAACUAAAUGGCUGUGCUGUAUAUUAAAUACAAAUAAAAUCUUC